AUGCACUCGGCUUCCAGUAUGCUGGGAGCGGUGAAGAUGGAAGGGCACGAGCCGUCCGACUGGAGCAGCUACUACGCGGAGCCCGAGGGUUACUCCUCCGUGAGCAACGUGAACGCUGCUGGCCUGGGGAUGAACGGCAUGAACACGUACAUGAGCAUGUCCGCGACCGCCAUGGGCAGCGGUUCGGGCAACAUGAGCGCUGGAUCCAUGAACAUGUCUUCGUACGUGGGCGCAGGCAUGAGCCCAUCCUUGACUGGCAUGUCCCCGGGCGCAGGCGCCAUGGCAGGCAUGAGUGGUGCGGCUGGUGCGGCAGGGAUUGGGCCGCACCUGAGUCCUAGCUUGAGUCCGCUUGGGGGGCAAGCGGCCGGGGCUAUGGGCAGCCUGGCCCCAUAUGCCAACAUGAACUCUAUGAGCCCCAUGUAUGGGCAGGCUGGCCUAAGCCGCGCGCGCGACCCAAAGACUUACAGGCGCAGCUACACUCACGCCAAGCCACCCUACUCUUAUAUCUCGCUCAUCACCAUGGCCAUUCAGCAAAGUCCCAACAAGAUGCUGACGCUGAGUGAGAUCUACCAGUGGAUCAUGGACCUGUUCCCCUUCUACCGGCAGAACCAGCAGCGCUGGCAGAACUCGAUUCGCCACUCUCUGUCUUUCAACGACUGCUUCCUCAAAGUGCCACGCUCGCCUGACAAACCCGGCAAAGGCUCCUUCUGGACCCUGCACCCAGACUCAGGCAACAUGUUCGAGAAUGGCUGCUAUCUGCGUCGCCAGAAGCGCUUUAAGUGUGAGAAGCAGCUGGCUCUGAAGGAGGCGGCGGGUGCUUCAGGUGGAAACAAGAAAUCGGCUGCCCAAGCCGCACAGGGUCAGCUAGGGGAGACUGCCCGGCCAGCCUCCGAGCCAGCAGGCACAGAGUCGCCCCAUUCGAGCGCCUCUCCAUGUCAAGAGCAUAAGCGAGGGCCUCUGGGGGAGCUGAAGGGGACGCAGGGCGCAGCGCUUAGCCCACCAGAGCCAGCGCCCUCUCCAGGGCAGCAGCAGCAGGCCUCUACCCACCUGCUGGGCCAGCCACACCAUCCAGGUCUGCCCCCUGAGGCCCACCUUAAGCCAGAGCACCACUAUGCCUUCAACCACCCCUUCUCCAUCAACAACCUCAUGUCCUCAGAGCAACAGCACCACCAUAGCCACCACCACCACCAACCCCAUAAAAUGGACCUUAAAGCCUAUGAACAGGUGAUGCACUAUCCUGGGUAUGGCUCCCCUAUGCCAGGUAGCCUAGCCAUGGGCCCAGUCACGAACAAAACGGGCCUGGAUGCCUCACCACUGGCCACAGACACCUCCUAUUAUCAGGGGGUGUACUCUCGGCCAAUUAUGAACUCCUCUUAA